UCUGAUACUCUCAUCCUGCUUAAAAUGAAGGUAACGGGCUGCACAUAUGGGAUAAGAAGAAACUGCCUUCCCUUAGUCUCUUAACCAUUUUUUUUUGGAGGACAAGAUCCUCUUUAGUUGAGGGUCUGAAUUUUUUUUCUUACAUGGUGUGCCGCUUGUUCUUGGAACACUAAAAUGAUUGCUUGUUUAACCAAAGGAAAUUUGCUGGAUGUUCUGCAAGAGGGAUUCACAGAGCAACAGCUGCAGUCGUAUGUGGUAUGGGUUAACUCUCAGCUAAAGAAAAAGCCUGGAUUGAAUCCAGUACAAGACUUGCGACAAGAUCUGCGGGAUGGAGUGGUGCUGACUCAUCUUGUGGAGAUUGUAGCUGGUGAGCAACUCAAUGACAUUUGCUUCAACCCCAGCAGCCAUCAGGAAAUGAAAGACAAUGUGGAGAAAGUGCUGCAAUUCAUAACCUCUAAAAAGAUUCGUAUGCACCAGACCUCGGCUCGAGAUAUCGUUGAAGGGAACCUAAAAUGUAUAAUGAGGCUGAUUCUAGCUCUGGCAGCUCACUUCAAACCGUCUGGUGUUAGAUCAGCCAGCCAGAGGUCUGCAGUACCCCUGAAAAGCAAGUCUGCAAUCACUUCGGACAACCACCGGCCGCUUUCUGCCACUGCCAUGGUGCAGACAGCUGCUGCAGCACUUGCAGAGGUUCGGCAAGACGUUUCACGUUCUGGACGGGAAGUAUUCCGAUACAAACAAGAAGUCCCGAGCUUUGAGGAGGAAAUUGGAAGUCCCUCUUGGAGUGUUCGGGCAAUGGUACAGCAAUACGAGGGCCAACAAACACCUUUAUCUCCACCACUUUCCCCAAGUGUCAGUUCAGAGAGUCCAACAAACAGUGCAAAGCCAGAGUCUACUACAAGUCAGCUGGAUGAAACAUUGGAAUUAUCUUCCCAAAAAGAGGAAUGGGAAACCAGGCCUGAAGACAAUGUUCAAUCAGCAUGGAUGUCCAUGAGUUCUGGCAAAUCCCAACUGAAUGACAAGCAAAGUCUUUGGGAGGAUCAAUUACUCGAUCAACAAGACCAGUUGGGGAAGGAAAUGGAAGAAGCCAGAAAGAUGAUUUCCAUCUUACAAGGCCUACUAUUGAAUGGUUCACUUCCUGAAGACGAACAGGAGGGAUCGUUUCCACUGUGCGAGCAAGGAGCAAACGCAGAAGAACAACUUGUGAUUAUCAAGAGUCGUCUAGACCUAAGCAUGGAUGAAUGCAAAGAGAUGAAGAGAGAACUAUUAAAAUACAAACAAGAAACCAGGAAUUUGCAGGGAGUAAAGGAUGCAUUGCAGCAUCGGAUGGCACAGCAGGAAAGUUCCAUUCUUCAGCUGAAACAGGAGUUGCUGAGAGCAAGCAUGGCAAAAGAUGAGCUACUGAGUGAAAAUCUUGACCUACAAAGGAAGACUGAAGAAAGGAACAGACUCCUUGGGGAAUUUAAAAGAGAGCUGGGUCAGAAGGACCGACAAUUCCAGCAGCAGCAGGCCAAACUGGAUGAUACUCUGCGGAAGCUAACAGAAGCCACUCAUGUAAAGAAUGACUUGCAAAAAGACUUGGAACAGAAGGAUAUGCUUCUUCAACAGCUGUUUAACAGAGAGGAGGAGGAGGUAUCUGGUUAUCCUUGUAAACCGUCAGUGAGUAAUGGCUAUGUCCACUCCAUGAGCAAAACCACUUCUCCAGGGUAUAGAGGGACGGAAGACCUUCAGGUAGUACGAGAUUCUCUGCGCAGUUUACGGAGUAGCUUUGCCGGUCAUGACCCCCAGCACCACACAAUCGACACACUGGAACAAGGAAUCACAAGUUUACUGGAGCGACUGCAUGUGGCCGAAACGCAGGGAAGAGUUGGCAACAAAACUCCUGUGAAACAUUCAAGAAGAAGAGAAUCAAAUACAGAGAGAGAAUCCUGGCCAUCAAAUUCCACAGGUCUUCAUUCUCACAACAGUCCUGGUCUAAGCAGUCCUGUCUGCACCAAGGUGCUCUACUUCACAGACCGAACUCUUGUACCAUUUAUGGUAAACAUUCCAAAGAGACUUGGUGAAGUGGCUCUGAAAGACUUUAAAGCAGCAAUUGAUCGGGAAGGGAAUUACAGAUAUCACUUUAAGGCACUGGAUCCAGAAUUUGGCACUGUGAAGGAGGAGCUUUUCCAUGAUGAUGAUAUCAUUCCUGGUUGGGAAGGCAAAAUAGUUGCUUGGGUUGAAGAAGAUCAUGGAGACAGUAGGUAGACCGAUUCACUUCCCAAAUUUGGGAGAGUUUUUUUUUGUAAAAAGGUCCAGAGAACAACCACCAAAGAACAGAAAGACCCCACUCAAGUCUUCAUGUCCUUGUCUGCCUUCAAGGUAGAAUAUGUCGCCGUGCCAACUGCCAAAUGUGGACUGGAAAGAUGAGUCGAGUGCAAAAGGUUCCCAAGGCAGAUGCCUUGUGCUGAUGAAAAUAGACUGGUCAUUGUAAAGUUGACGUAACUUUUGUUACUCGCUGUACCAGUGUACAAUUGUAAUGCCAUGUUGUAAGCAAUAAGUGGAAAUUUGCUAACGUCCAUAUUAUGGAAAACAACCUCAGUUCAAUAUUGGCGUUGAUAUACCCUCAAUGUUUGGAGUACAUGAAGCUGUAAUUUCUUAUAGGUAAGCAGCAAGUUCAAUUCAAGAUCAUGCCUUUUCAGUUUUGUUAUAUAAAAUAUUUAAAUACUUUUUGUGACCAAUCUGUAAAUAUCAUUUUUAUCACUCGUUUCCACUGAGCAUUUUAGUGGUUGUGGCAAAGGUUUUUCAACUUAAUGGUUUCGAGCAUUAAGUCUUGAUGAGUUAUGACAAUUUUCACUGACGGGUAACCUUGCAGUAGUGAAAUAAGCCUCUUCUGUUUUGGGACCUCUGAUGAACUGCGGCUGCUUUCCUUACCUGCAGUAAGUGUGCCUUUACCAAGAGUAGCUCUGGUUUGUGGCAUGGACCUUCCUGCCUUGCCAGCUACAGGAAGUUGCUUGAAAACGAGAGGCCUAGUUGAUUUGGAGGAAGGAAUAGUGGAAUUCAUUUAUAAGAUAAUUAACCAAAAGAUUCUAACCAAGCCCGACACAAAACAUUCCCCAUUUGAAGCUCCCUUAAAGACAUUUACCUUCAUUCCUUAAUAAAGGUAAACCAACAGCCACUGCCCACCUUGUUAUACUGAUGUUUCCAAUUUUUUAUCACUGAAAAAUAAAAUCUCUCAUUUGCAAAUUUAAGAUGUCAGUGCUGACUUUCCUUAGACAACAGAAAAAAAGUAUUGGCAAGCACCUAGGGCUACUCUUAUGCACCCCCUGCUGUCUGGUUGCAGAAUAGCUUUACUGGAGACUUGAGAAUAGUCUCCUAUACACAGUUGCAAGAUGAAAUAUAAUAUGGCAUUUGUUAAGGCCAUAAGAACUUUUAAAAUGAAAAGAUUACAAAAAAGGCUUGGAUUUAGUAACAUUGUUUUAGGCUCCUGUGUAUUGACUUCAACUAAUCAUUUGUAUCCUGAUUGCCGAAUUUUAUACAGAUUGAAUUUGUGUUUGUUCUCAAUUUAAUGGAGCAGAGUUACACACAAAUAUAUGUGUAUGUAAUAUAUACACAUUACAGGUGUCACAUCCAGGAAGAAAUGCUGCCUUGUUCUUUAAUGGGCCAAGUGGAAUUCUGUUAAUCUUAUUUGGAAUAAGAGUUGUGCAAAUAUAAAUGGCAAAAAUAGAAUCUAGAUAAUGAAGAAUUAUGAUUUCUGAAAGCAAGAAUUCUGGAAACGGUGCAGAGGUUGAAGAUUUCUUUUCUCCUUGCCCUGGUAAUUCCAAGAUUUUGAGAAUUCAUACCACUAUCACAAAUUUUUCAAGUAUAAUUGCUUUUUAGAGUCAGUAUUCCUAUUAGCUUUUUAGUUUUUUUGUUUAAUUUUUUUAAUGACCAUUAUAUGGCUGAUAUCAGCUGCUAUUUGGAAAUGUAUCAAAUCAACUCUGACCUGAAUUUGGAUUAACUAAUGUUGUUAUUACAAAUUUGUGAGAACUGGAACAGUAACCUUUUUAUAAUUGGAGGGUUAUCUUUAUCAAGCUUGAAUUGUUCCAAUUACUUUUUCACAAUGGAUUCCUUUUUUUAAAAAAAGGUUGUUUUGCCACAGUUUCAGGUAUCGUACUUGCUGACACUAUGUUCAGAAGGCAACAAUGGUACUAGAUAUUUAGUGUACGUGCCAAAACAAUUACUGCUGUGCAGUUUAUUAUAGCAGAACUAAACAUUUCAAACAAUGCAGUGGAAUUAGUUCAUGAGUCUGUUAUAAGAGGGUGUUUUGUUACAACAAAGAAUUGCGUAGACUCAAUUGACCCUUCGGAUGCCAUCCAGGGAAAAAAUGUUUGUUAUAAGGUGUAACUAUAUAAAGAUAUCGGUGUUUAAAAAAAAACUGUUUCAUUUUAAAUAAAAUGUGUAAGGAA